AUGGCUUCUGCCUCUUCUUCCUGUGGUGGUUCACCAUCACCACCAGCAACACCCUAUCUUCGCCCUACCACCACCAAUCUCCGACCCCUGGGAGGGCAUUUUCGUCGCUCCACCCAACUCAGUGCUCCGGCGACUCCUUCUGGCUACACCACCGCGUUUCUUCGCUCUCCCGCCGCCUCUCGUCGCCCAACGCGCAGUCAGGAAGGUGAGGAAGACGAUGAAUUUCUUCGCCAGUUCAGCCACGCCCAGCUCGUUGAUCCGAAUGAACUGAGCCAAGUCCUCCAAGAUCACCUCAAUAGCCAGGCCUCGGUCGUCGAAGAAGAAGAACCAGAGCUUGACCCAGUCACAAUCUACGUCAACAUCCGCGGCUUCAGCCCCUACGGCGACAUGGCCUCUCCAAACGCGUUCCCUUCCCUUGACACCAAUCUUCCCUCUGCUAGCAACCGCGCGUCAGCCGCCUCUCCUACGGGCCCUUCCUCCAUGAACGGCAGCAAUGGCAUGAACGGUCCGGGAUCGGGUGCGGCAGCCGCUGCGGGAUACUUGCCUCCUCUACCAGUUGGCCACCAGCAAGACUUGAAUCACCUCUUCAACCAAAUCCAAGAGUUGGGAGCCCUUUUGAGAAGCAACCGCGAGAAAGUCAAUUCCAUCACCCGUAACGCUGAGGAGGUCGCGAAACGCGCAAAUGGAGCGCUGACAGAUGGCGAACCGGCCCAGUCAGAGAAUGACAAAGCACGUAUCCGUGAACUUGAGCUCGAACUUGCGAAGCAGAAACAUCUUGUUGAACUCUACAAGCACGAACAAAAGGAGAAUACAGGCUUGAUCGCCAUGUACGAAGAAGCAAUGGGAACGGCCGUCGAGCAAAUUCGAAACUACUGCGGCGAUAUCGAGGGUCGGUUCUUGAGACAACGCAAACAUUACAACGACCUCUUGCAGCAGGAGAAGGAUGACCACUUGCAGUCUCGACUGGACAGAGAUCACUGGUACGCGCAAACACUCAAGGUGUGUGAAAUGAUCAGGACGGCGCAUCGAUUGAGGACCGAUGAGUGGUGCGAAGAAUACACCGUCGUCGCGGCUUUGCAGGGGGAGGUGAGAUGCUUGAGGCGAUGCAUGGGGAUGGAGCCAGAGAAGCCGGAGGAGGAAACCGGUUGGCCAUACUUGAAGGACUUGCCUUUGCCUGAGUAG